UAAACGUAAGUUACAGCAAAAUGAGAAUGAGAAAGAAGAAAGUGACAAUGUACAUGAUAACACUGAAUCAAGAGUGUUGGACAAAUCAGGUAAUGAACACUCUUUUAUGGAUAAUUUUGUAGGGUCUAGAUCUGAAAAAGAGAGGGAGAGUAGAAAGAAGAAGAAGAAAAAGAAGGACAAGAAAAAAGAGAGGAACAAAACAGCAAAGAUUUUAACUGAUGACAUAAAUACCAAUGACAAGAUAGAAACAUUGGUGGAAUCAUUCCAUAGAAACCAGGAUAAAGAGGGCAUUUCUUGUAAUCAAGUGGCUAAGAACAAGCAUGGUUACCAUGAACAAGGUAUGUUAAAAUCAUGUGAUGAAAGGUCUUUUCUUGACACAAGUAAUGAUUUGGAGGAAAGAAAUAAAAUGAAUAGAAAGCGGAAGAAGAAAAAGAAGAAGAGAAAGGAAGAAGUGAGCAAUCAAAGGGAACAAGAUGUAAAUUUUAUGGAUAUGACAAGUGUAAAUAAUAGAAAUGAGGCCAUCAACACAAGAGCUGAGAUAGUAGAGAAUGUAGAGGAUCCAAAUGUUAAAGAAAAGCAGAAGAAGAAAAAGAAGAAAAAAAGAAAGGAAGAAAAGAGAAGGGAAAUGGGACAGGAUUUGGAUAUUAGUAAUAUACUCGAUGAAAAACAAGUCAGUAACUCAACAGCUGUGAUGGCCGAAAGCAUAGAAAAGCAACAAGAUAAUGAAAAGUUGAGAGAGGCAAUGGCCCAUGCGGAGAUAAUUCAUGAAACUUGGACUGUUCCCACGGAACGGCUAAAGGUUUUAAAAGAGAAAGGCAAGUACCACACCAGUGAUUGUGUUGCUGUUAUAAAAAUUUAAGUUUAUUUAUUUAUUAGUUUUUUAUCAGUAUAGUAUGUAUUAUCAUUUUUUAACUUACAUGUAGGAAUCAAGGUAAAGACAGGCAAGUGGUCUUUGCAGGAACUCAGAUUACUACAGUCAAAUAUGGAUAAAUUUCUGGAGGUAAUGCAAAAAGAAUCUACUUAAAUAAAUAAUUUAAUAAAUAAAUUUACAAAAUAAUAAUUUAGAGGUAGCAUUUCCACUAAGUAGUUCUUUGGAGUAUACAUACAGUACCUGGAGAAAAACCUCCUGGAGCAAGGAGGAGAACCAACAACAAACUCAACCCACAUUUUCAGGGCAGAAAAACAUUCUGCGGAAGCUUCUGUGCAUCCCUUCUUGCAGGCUCAAGGCGGGCUGUUUUAAUGUCAUUAAAGUCCAUUUUACUAUGAGGUAUUCUUCAAGAAAAUUAGGUCAUGAGAAUGUUAUAACCACAGCUUGCAACUUUUGAAGUCAAAUUGCUUGUUUAUUAAGGAUGGAAGCAUUUUGUUAUUAGGCAAAAAAAUAUUUGAAAUCCGCCACUUUUUCAAACUUGGCUAGUUCAGGCAUGCUCAUUAUGUUUUUCUGCCCUGAAACCCACAUAUGGCGUUGAUGCCACGAUUUGAACCCGAGCCACAUUGGUUUUAGGUGAGUGCGCUCACCACUGUGCUACUCUAGCCCCUGAAGAUAAAUAUAGACAAAUAUAAAAUAAAUACCGCAAAGUUGUGAAAGUAACGACCCUCAUUACCUUUGGAUUUAGCAGCCACUUCCUAUCGUACAAGUACAUGGGCCGUACGAAGUUAUGAUAAUAAUAUUGCAACAAUUGUGAAAACAUCCACACUUUUUAUUUGGAGAAACUUAUUUCAUGUUAUUGCUUUUUAAAUAAAUAUUCAAAAGAAUUGUUUGAUUACAGUGUGGGCAUUCAGAGGUGAAAGGAAGACUUUGAAAAAAAAAAGGUGUAAUGUACCUUUUGAGUUACAUAAAGGAAUGUCAAAGAUCAUUAUAACCGUGAAAAAAUAAAUCUCGGUUAAAGCUUGGUCGCUACUUUUGGCAUUUGCUAACACCUGGGAAAAUUUAUCGCUACUUUCGAAGGGUCGCUACGUUUGGGGGGUCGUUACUUUGGGAACUUUACAGUAUAUACAAUACAUGUACAGGCAAAUGUCAGUGAAUGCUAUCCUUUAGAUUAUGUGAGUCUGUUUGUAUUGGUCAUAAGGCAAUAUUCAGUUCAGAUGCUUGUAAAAAGCAAAUUAAUGAAAAGAGCAUGAAAUGCUGGUACCUGUUCCUUGCUUGCUUGUAGCAACCAUUUUUUUUGUUUCUGCCAGACGUAUGAACUGCCAGAUCCAGUUAGAAUUCUUCUUCGCUCAGGUACAGACAGGGAAGAUAGAAAAUUCUGGAAGCGCUUUGGUCGUCAAAAUGAAUUUUACAAAGAGCUUGGUGAGUCAAAUGUUUACAGAGAACUAAUAAUGCAUGCAACACUCUAAAAAUACUAUUACAUUUUAUGAGCAAUGUUAUAUUGUUUAUGUCAAUAUUUUUCUCUGGAUUAAGUAUACAGCAAAACAUGAUACUAAGAUGAACCCCUUCAACAAAAUAAACCAAUUUUCUCUUUUUUCUCUAUAAAAUACUUCUUGAUAAUAUUGAAGAGUGGACAUUCAAUAAGGUGAUCUUGAUUUGGGCAGACCUGAACAUGAAGGUGAUAAUAACAAUUGUUUUUUUAAUUUUUUUUACUCUAGGAAGAGGUAUACUGAGACCACUGAACACUAUCUACAAAUGUGCAACGAGAAUUUAUGAUGAAUCAAAUUACGUUGGAAAGUUAGUGCAAUCAUUAGUUAAUAAUUUUCAUUGUCAUCACUUCAUGGUAGAAUGGCUUGCAGUGUAGGUCUCUUGAGAGUGUCAUACAAUGGAGCCCCAUCUCAUAGCCACUCUGGCUUCUAUACAAUUACCAUUUUAUUAAAACCACAUUCCUUUUUGCCCACUUUUUAUGCCCCAAGAGUGACCAAAAUCAAUUUUCUCCCAACAAUAUCCAUUCAUAAUCAAGAGAAAAGGUUUUGAGAAUUAGUAAAAUGAUCACCAAAGAAAAAAUGCUUUAAUUUUUCAUCAAAUUCUCUCGAGUAACUCUUCACGGAAAUGUAUGGGGAUGAGGCUGGAAAAUUUGUAUGUGAUACUGGGGAUGAAAGGGUGAAAACCACUCAAUGAUUUUCCUGUCUGAAAACCUUGUUUGUAUGACCCUCGAGUGACAUCCUCGCAAAAUAUUGCUUUUCUGGAAGAAUUAGUCAACAGUUCUCUGAGGCUGAAUAGUAAUGACACAGUCUUAGUGAGUAGGUGGCCUGAGCAACUAUAACGAUGAUGGAACGUCAUAAAACAAGAGCGUUGUAGGCGUAUAUCAUACGUAUCAUACGUACUCUGGUGUGCAAAUACAACUCAAAAAUCCCUGAAGUGACAUUUUAUACUUAUAGAGGAAGUGAACACAGGACCAUGAAACUGCCUGUCUCUUUUUGAAUUUGGAUGAAAAAUUCAACUCCAGGAAAAUUCACAUACAUUUGAUGAAUGCAUUAGGUUAAAAUUUGAAGGAACACCAAUAUUCUUAAACUCCCUAAUUUUAAAAAAAAAGACGUUUCUGUCAUCUCAACCUGACAUCUGACAGCCUCAAAAUUUGCCCUUCACGUUAGAACAUGUUAAAGAAAUUUUUAAAUAACCAUCAACAGCCCACAAAAUUAUGGAUUCACUAGUGAGCUAACAGAUGCUCUUUGUAUUAAUAAUAAUUAUUAUUUAUUUUUAUCAGAUACUCUGAAGAAGAAGUCAGAGAACUGAAAAGGUGAGACUAUGUUAGUUUACAAGUUGCAAAAAAGUCAUCAAGAAAAAAGAAAAAAAAACAGUUUACUCUCAUCCUUGCCACAAGUGAAUCUGAAAGAGUUAUUUUCCCUGGUAGGAAAGUCUGCUUUUCGGGGCUGACCAGACAUGACUUUUCCAACCCCUGUACACUCUUUUUUUUAAGAAGAAUGUUGUUUUUCCAGCCCAGGCUGAAUAUUCUUAUUUUUCUGCCGAUUUUAGGCUGAAAAUAUUCUUGUAUUAUUCUUAGAUUAUAGCUCAUGACAUUUCCCGUUUUAGACUAUAUUGGGGGUAUCAGUUAUAGUUAGUGCAGGUUUUCUCAUUUUGUUGCCUAGUUUUCCCCUUUAGAGAAUUGAAUAAGUGGAAAACAUAUAAUUGUAUUGUAUUUACAGCCUUUGAACACAAAAAUAUAUCCUUUUCAAUAUCUCAGUCUGGGGUUUAUUCUUAAAAUAUUCUUAAAAUUUUGCGAAUUUCAGCCUUGAUAUUCUUAUAAAAUAUAUUCUUAUAGAAAAAAAAGAGUGUACUUGAAUUUGGUGGAUAGUACUUUGCACUCUUUGAACAACAGGAGCCAGGACACUUAUUUAUACUAGACUAGUGUUUUUCUUAUUAAGGUUGCAUACAGCGCAUGGUGCAGACUGGGUUACUAUUGGCCAGCUAUUGGGCAGGAGUCGGAUGUCUGUAAACCGCAAAUACUCAAAGCUGCCAGCCACUGAAGGUUAGUACAGAACUACCCAUAAUGGCAUUACCUCAGGAGGGCGUGGUACUCCAUCAUAUACCCCCUGGAGCCUCAUGUUCUCAAAAAUUUCUUUUAGUCUAUUUUCAUUGGGCUUUGAAAACAGACCUUCUAUUGGUUUUGAAGCUUAGGGAAACAAAUACAUGUAACAAGGAGUGAAACGUUUUGUUUCAUUUUAUUAUUGUUAUCAGGUGGCAGAGGAACUUGGACAGAGGAUGAGGUAAAAUGCCUUAAAGAAGCAGUUUUUCAAGUCACCAAAACAGCUGAAGAUCAACCAGUACCAUUCCAUGGUAUAUACUGGCCUGAUGUGGCAAAAAUUGUGAAGACAAGGAACAUUGAACAGUGUAGACGGAAGUGGUGAGUUUACACUAGCUUUUAUCUGUUCUUUAGCGAACAGAAUGAGUUGAAAAAUGGGGGAAGAAAAAUAUAGUGGGCACCAUUUCUUCCAUGAUAUUUUUUCUAGCAAGUUUUAGUUCUUUAUUUGAUAUCACGCCCCACCUUUGGUUGCUACCAUAUAUGAACGCCAAGAAUGUGCUUAGGCUUAAUUACCAGCCGCUUUCGGUAAAUGAUCCCGCGCUCAGGGACAAGACCGGACCCGAGAUAGCAGCAAAAAUCAAGCCUAAGAUGUGCCACCUUUACUAGACAAUUUAUAUUUCUCCUUCUCACACCCGAAAGUGCCCAAAGUCAAAGUUUACCAAAGUUUCCAAAGGUAAUUUUUAAAAAUGCAGAAAAACAAAUAGUAUCAUGUGAAAGCACUGCUGAAUAGGUUUGAUUUGAAUGGUCACACCAUAGGAUUUCAUCCACAGACUCAAAAGUUACAACUACAUACUAAAUAAAUAGUACCAUGUGAAAGUACUACUGAAGAUGUUUCAUUUGAAUGGUCACACCAUAGGAUUUCAUCCACAGACUCAAAAGUUAGAACUACAUACUAAAUAAAUAGUACCAUGUGAAAGUACUGCUGAAGAUGUUUCAUUUGAAUGGUCACACCAUAGAAUUUCAUCCACAGACUCAAAAGUUAGAACUACAUACUAAAUAAAUAGUACCAUGUGCAAGUACUGCUGAAUAGGUUUGAUUUGAAUGGUCACACCAUAGGAUUUCAUCCACAAAACAAGAGGUUUAACGUUCCAAAACGCUAAGAAAUGGCCUUUUCUCCUUAAUUCAGGUUAGAAAAUCUUUCCUGGAUGAACGAUGAAGAGGAGAAAAAGUGGACAAAACAGAAUGAGCUUCGACUCAUCACAAGGUUUGUUAGGAAACAUUUCUUGUUUGUGUACUGCAACCCUGGUGUGUGAGAGAAAAUGUUGGGCCGCCGUUCUCUGUUGGGUUUUGGUUCGGGGGGUACUGCCAUAUAUGGGCUAUAUAGGUAUGUGCCGCUGUGAAGGGUAUGGUUUUCAAGCAGUUUACUCUAGGAUAGGGUAUAUAAAUCAGAACAUUUGGGUCUAGAAUAGGGUAUCAUUUUUUCAGAAAACUGAUCAGUUGGUUGAAGAUUUUAUCUAGACUAGGGAAACAGCUACUCCAGGGUAGGGGGGAUUUGGGGAGUUUACUCUAGUAUAGGGUAGCAAAAUUUAGCUGAACUAGCUCUUUUAUAGGUUAAGGGUUCCGGGGUCUCAGCGGCACAUCCCCACCCAGAAAUUCCUAAAGUACCCCCCCCCCCCCGGGGUUUUGGUUUUCUGCCUUAGGAUUAUUUCAUUAUUUUUGGUAGAUUAUACAACUCUGGUAUAACCCAAGAAUGCGAUGUGGAUUGGAUGGAGGUGAAAUCUGACUUCAAGAGGUGAGCUGAAACUUUUAUUGGACUAAACAAUGACCAUUUUGAUGAGGAUACUUCAAAGUGGUUUUCUAAUCUCUGCUAGCGAUAUAGUGAUAAGAAAAUUGACGAAAAUCUUUACUUUUUAUUUUGCCGUACUCGUUUUCAUCGCGGUAGUAGGGACUUUUUUUAAGCUUCCAUGACGCAACGGCAACGAGGGCGUCAAAGAAAAUAAACACGCCAGGUUUAAUAAGCCAAACGACAACAACGCACGUGCAUCACGCUUUUUUAAACAUUUCUUUGCCGUUUUUGCACUACUACUUUUCUUUCUGAACUUGGACGUGGUCCCUUGGAAUUUAACCACAUGAGGUUUCGCCUACAUUCGACUAAGUAAGUGGGUAGGAAAUGGAACCAGAAUCGCGAUAAAGACUGGACUGGAAGAAAGCAAAUUCAGCUUUUAAACGACGUUCUUGUCUAGUGCCUUGAAAAUAAAAUUUUACCAUUCUGUUUUGGUCAACUUUGAGCUUUGCUUGCUUGACAGUAAGUGAAAUCGCAGGGGGCUGACGGGAAGGAAAACCAACGAAUUCAGUAUUCUGAUUAUCUAUAUCUGUAUUCUGCUUUAAUAUGUGGAUCUGAGAAAAGCUGUUGUUUAGCCUUGUUUCUAAGUAUUUCUGGUUUUAUGUUUCUUCAUUCGUUCUUAAACGUGAGUUAACUACUUGUUUCAGCAAUUAUCCUCCUCAGUGGCUCCGAAAGAAAUGGUUAGAAGUUAAAAGAAAAGCGCCAAACUAUCACCAGAUGGAGUUUGAAGGUACGUUUUCGUGCAGAUUGUGAGAAUCUAUUUGCCGCCAAACUCCUGUAAUAAAACGGUUUGCCAAGAUGUCUCAUAGGUGAUUACUACUACUUACCUUCUAACACCAGGGGUUGCAGAUAACACUUGAAGAAAAAAUGUUAAAUUUAUUUUCUGAAAUUGUGAAAAAUAGAUAGUAUCUUAUGAAAGUACUGCUUAAGAGGUUCAUCCAGGCACUCAACAGUUAGAACUACAUACUAAAUAAAUAGUACCAUGUGAAAGCUCUGCUCAAAUGGUUUUAUUUAAUUUUGCCCACAGACUCAAACGUUAGAACUCAGUUUAAAGCUCCUUCAGUUUCUUUCUACCCUAUUAAAACUGAUAUGAUAAUCAAGUGAUAAUUUCUUGAGCUCUCCUCCUCUGAUUAUAAGCUUUUCUUCUAUAAUCUCCCCAGUCCAGGAGCAGUAAAAAACAGAUAAGCCUUCAGGAGCGGUUAACUUAGGGCGAUGAGUGUAUCUAAACGUUUUCUAUUUCUUCAUCGUCUGUUUCUGUAGAUAUUUUGGACUAUCUGUACCAUGUGUAUGGCAAAACCUUGAGAGCUCAAGUUGAAGUCGAGGCUUCCACAUCUAGCAACGAUACCAGUUAGAACCCGGUGAAGUAUUAAUUCUCAUGAGGCGACGUUUCUUUACUUCAAUCUUUUAUUGUACAUAUAUCUUUUAUUUUUCUCAUCAGUUUACGAUUCUUAAUGUUAACCGAGCGUGAAGCGACAGCCGGCUUGUAUUUCUCUCGUGAAAAUAAAGUCAGUAAAUUCCUGGUACUUUUGUCAGGCGAUUUCGCUUUCAGUCUUUAUGUUUACACUAUGUACACAGUAUGCUGACUUGUCAGCAUCAGAAAGCCCUAAGGGAUGGC